UUGUUGGGUGAAAAGAAAGCAACGACUUUUAUUUCUCAGUUCUUCUACGACUGCUGAGCGAGUUGGUUGAUUGUGACGGUAUUAUUUUAAAUUUUCGAAUUUCCGGGCCGGGGGUGCUGUAGCCGUUGAAACGUAAACUUAAAUGAUAACCACAAAAAAACGUUAAAAUUUAGACAAAAAGUGAUUACCUAAAAUUGAUUAUAAGAAAGAAGUUGGCAGUUUUGACUUGCUUUAUUUGUUAAACAAGUGUCGCUAUUGGUUUUUUUAAAUAAGAACGCGUUUUUGCAUGCAAUCUUUUAUUGGCUGCCUUCUCGCUCAAACCAGUGCUCUCGAACAAAAACAUCAUUAAAUGUCCGCAAAAGAAAAAUCGUGAAAACAAGUUUCCUUUUUAAGCAAAGAAAAAAGUUUGUGUGAAGAAGCGCGCAUCCAACAACAGCGGCAGUGGUAACCACAAAUUGAAAGAAGUGAUAUUUUUGGAGUAAGCCAAGGCAAAUAAAUUUGCAAAAAAAAGAAUAAAUAAAUAGUGUGGCUAAAAAUACAUAGAAGGCUUUAAGGUGUUUGAGUGAGUGUUGUCAUAUGUGCGCGUAACAACAAAAGGAAAAUUCAAAAAUACAUACUAAGGAAGAAUUAUAAAAAAACAAAUCUUAAAGAAUUUAAAAAUUUAAGAACCAUUAAUUGGCUUACAAGAAAUUAAGUGAAGGUUACCAACAAUAAAAAUCUGAAAACCAAACUUUUUAAAUUGGAUUUUAUUUCACAAAGUGGAUUACUCUGAUAGAAACCAACAAAAACUUGAAAUAUACAAAGCGGACAAAUAACGAGUUUUUACACUUUAAAGAUUUAACAAAAAAAGAAUCUUUAUACUGUCCACUUACCAAGCACUCAUCCACUAUGGAAACUCUAAAAGGGCAAUACAACUCAACUUCGGCAGUAUUCUAAGUUAAGACACGAACCUUACAUGUUGCUAGUGCAGAGCAUAGUACAGCAUGUUUGGUCUCUUGAACACUACACAAAUCUAUGGCAUAAAUCCAGCAUCUACGCAUUCAGAACAUGAACACCAGCAGCAACAGCAAAACCAACAACAACAACAUAAUUUUCAAACCCAUGCCCAUAUAGCAGGAUCAACUACUAUAUCCUCAACAUCCCCCAUACCAAAUACCAUUAUUGCCCCACAAAAUCACACCUCCAAAGGGCAUCGUCGCACUUCAUCUUCCAUUUCCGAUACGAGUGGCAGCAGCAGCAGCAAAUUUCUCUCAAAUCUUACCUCAAAAAGUCCCACAAAUUUUUUGGAGAAAUUUCUCAAAAACGAUUUUUUAAAUACCUAUGACACCUUGAAGAACUAUCGCAAUUUCUCAGCAAGUGGUGCUCAAAAUAAACGCCAUUCUGACCCCUUGCAGGGUCAGCAGAGCCAGCAAGGGUUUGCGAAUACCUUUAAUUGCUUACAGGGCAGCUAUCGCCACAGUUUUGAUGGUGAAUUCUAUGAAAAGACUAACGUGAAGAAAGCCAGCAAAGAUUUGCAGGAGCUAAAGGGAAUAGUGACACCUACAUCAUCUACCACUAACCGGGAUCUGCAUAAAUCCUCCGAAAUGACCAUAAAGUGCUCCAAAAAUCUGUUGGCUGUUGAACCUGAGGUCCAAGGACCUGCCACCUUACAAAAUUAUCAGAAAAUUCCCGAAAGUGAACAUGAUUUGCUAGUAGACUCUCUAUUGGUGGCCUCUAGUGGUGCUAGCUCAGGAGAAUUCAAUAGCAGCAGUGAUACCACCACCACAACCCAAAGUUCUAGUGCUGGUGGCAAUACUUCUAGCUUCUCAACAUCUUCAUCGAAUAUUUAUAAAAGACUGUCGUUUGGCGCUAUUAGAAACUCACAAAGUUCCCAGAAGCAGGAGAAAAAUGGGGAAAAUUCGCAGGUGCAACAACAACUGGAGGGGAUAACUGAUCACUCUGUGACCCUGAAUCUAACAACCUCUCUGAUACCCAGUUUCAAGGUAAUCGACCUGCAUAGAUCGUCUUCCUCAAACUCCUCAUCAGGUGAUUGCCUUUCCAAGAGAGAGCGUAAAAAAGGAGCCAUGACACCACAACCCCCCAAAACUCCUCUCUCCCAGCUACUCAACCUCUCAUCAAACUCACCAAAAUCUCCACAAAAAUCCAAAUCGGCCACAGAGCCUUCAACACCAACGACCUCAACCCUAACACCAAACUCCUCCACCUCUGGAACUCCCGCCUCCGCACAGGAUAAGGCACAGCGACGCAAGCUAUUGCAAAUGUUGACCGCCUAUGAACAACAAAAUAAGCUGUUGCAACGUGAACUAGCCAAAGAGAAACGUAGACGUUCCGAAGAAUUGGCCUGUGUGGUCAAAUCUUUGCUAUGCUUCGAAUCAAAACUGAAGAAUGACAUGAAAUCGUUUAACCAACGCCUGCAGGAUAAGGAUGUGGAAAUAUGCCGUUUGGUAAGACAAAAUCGUGCCCUGCGUAAGAAAAUGUGCCGCCUGCAGGAGGAGGCCAGCGCAUGUACCCGCGACGAGGGUGUGGUGGAGGAUGAUGAGGCAGAGAAUGAAGCAGAUGCUAAGGACCUACUGGAAGACUGUCUUGUUUUGGAAGCCCUGCAAUGCAUUAAUUGCCGUAGGCAAUUCUAUGAUAUUGAGGUGCAAGAGAACUGUACACAGACCACAUUGACCAUGGCAGGUGCUGGCGGUAACGUUAGCGGUGGUAUCCUGAAGGAUGUCGGUGGCAAUAGAAAUAUUGAUGAUCCCACAACUGAACAUGGCUCUUCGAGUGAUGACACCGUCUCCUCAUCAUUCUUUGGAGCUAGACGCAGUGUACGCUAUACCAGCAAACGAACCUCGGGCACAUUUCGCGAUUACAUGCGUUCGCGUGCCAUGAACAUUGAUGAUCCCUCCCUGGAAGCCGACAACAAUUCCGAAGAAUAUCCAAGCACCCUGAGUCACGAUGAUUCGCGAGAGAAUAUCUACUCAAGAACCAUAGAACGCAUGCAUGGUGUCAAAUGUGAGAGCGAACGUGACUCCGAGGAACACAGCGGCCUGGAUACAUCGUCGUCAUCGGUGACGCGUUCCAAUUCAAGGGCCAGCACGAAAAGUUCCAAAAGUUCUUCAAGCAAAUCCAGUGAUCUGAGUAAUGCCUUGGAGGAGGAUGAUGGCAUAUUCUCACCCACACAAGAUGAGGAUUUUGAAGAGGAGGAUGUAGUAAUGGGAAAAUUGAAAAUUGUUAGAGGUAGAGCUUUGGAAGCUUUCUCGGAGGCUUCACCCAAACAAAUCUAUGAAACAUCCACCGAUGAUUGGUAUGCCAGUGCUUCCGAUCAGGAAGAGACCAUUACGCCAGGGGCUGCAAAUGCCUCUAAAUGCUAUGGCCAGGGUGCAGUAAAUCCAGUGCUGGAAUGUGUCAAUCAAAUACUAUUACAACAAUCCAUGGAAGGCAUGGAGGAUAGAUCUCAGACACCCAAAAAUUCUUUAACGACAUCAACAACAACAACGACGACGACAACAACUUUACCUAGACGUAGUUCUUUAAGCGAUCGUAGAAACAAUCAGCGUAACAAUAGCCGUGCUAGCGAUGGUGCUGCCCCCAAUUCAGGCAAUGGUACUUUGACCCGCAAACGUGUACAUUUCUCCACCAAAAAUAGCAUGGUACAUGUGCCGCGCAACGAUGAGACCGAAGACGAGGAUGAGCAAGAGGCCCACGAAGCAAUGGCCAAUGUGAUCUCAAAUUAUCAAAUGAGCUCAGUGAGCUCCUCCUACAUCAGCCAUUCACCGGCCCUGAUGGACAAAGAGGAGGAGGUGGAAACAGAGCGUUUGGAAAUCUUCAAUUACGAAAGUAUUUACAGCAAUGAAUAUGAGCCCAUAGGCUCAGAAAUGAAUUCCUCCAAUUUGUAUGUGGACAUGGAAUCGACCACAGCUAUGACCCCAAAUGGCCAAAACGGUUGCGAUAAAAGCACUGUAAGCGAGGCAGUUAAGGCCAGUAAACUGCCCCCAGCUUUGCCCCCCAAACCUGCAAAUUUAUUGAAAUUUAAGAAAUCCUUGCAACAAUUGGAUGAGGAGACUCAUGAUGAGCUAAUUGAGUCUCAUGAGGGUGAGGUUUUGGUGGAGCCCGACUAUUGCUCCAUAUCCGAGGUCAAUGUGGGCAUUACCAGUGUUCAGAUACGUGCCGAUAUACAUCGAGCUCCUUUGUCAGAACGCGAUUUGGAAUCGGUGGUGGAAAAUGACAAUGAUUUGGAUGCGGCCACUGUGGUUUCCGAGGCCAAUUCCCAAAAGACUGAAGAAAUUGAAGAGAUUUUCGCUGAUAUACCAAAGUUACCUAAUGUGGCUGCCAUUAUAGCACCAAAAUCUGCCCUAAAGCAAAACGAAUAUUUGGUUAUGACUCCCAAGCAGGAGGCAGUUUCCAAAAAGCAGCCCGUAGGCAUAAUGGCCUUAGCAUCACCCGGGGCUAAACAAAAGCCCGACCGCUCGGCCUUGAAAUUGAAUUUGUCCUCAUUGAAUGGUUGCCAGAAUGGCUAUAUGGCCAGUCCCAAAAUGGAAAACUCGCCAGUGCUGAGACAGCUAACAGCCUCGGGAAGUCCUAACAAUUACCAACAGCCGCAAUAUAAGCGUAAACAUAUGCCAAAUAUUCUGCAAGAGAUCAAUAAACGCUUGAGUUUGCCCAACUCACCGGUUACACCACCCACUCCCAAUAGCGUUAAUAAUAACAAAAGCGGCUCCAAAUCUUCUGCCUCCGCCUCCGCCUCUUUGGAGGCCAAUGAAUCCCUUAACAGUCUGCCUUUACAGGCUGAAUUUGACUGGUACAAUUUAGAUGUGGAAUAUGGUAAAAAUUCUACACCCGGAGAUCAUGGGCCCAAGGUCUCGGAUAUGCUAGGCAAUGGUGUUAUGACCAAUUCCCUAUUGGCCGAUAUCAAAGAGGAUGGCGAGAGUUUAAUCAACACUGCCGAUGAAUACAAUUUGGAUGAGGAGUACUCUGAUGAUGAGAGGGAUGAUCUGGAAGAUGGUGAUAGGGCUCACAAAGAACGCUCGAACCAGCAACCCAAUGAGGCCAUCAAUUGCAUUCUAGUGGCCAAUAAUCAUGCCAAGGCCAAGAAAAUCAAAAAGAAUUUGGCCAAUUUUGAAAAAUUCAUAGAAAACACGACCAUGGUGAAUGGCGGCAAGUCUUCUUUGAAUGCCUCCAAAAGAAAAAUCUAUUUUGCCGGACCUUUUGUGUGAUAAGAGAGAAAGAAACCUCUAAUGAAGAUUAGAAAAGUUGCAAACUUUUUUUAAAUUUGUGAGAAGAAAAAAAUUAAAUAUUCCUUUUGUAAAACUGAAUUAUGAAUUUCUCUUAAAUUUUAAAUUUUUUGUUUUGUAAUUUUUAUUUUUAUUCCCUAACUAUAAUUUGUAGUUAUUUGUUUUAAAAAAAAUUUUCUUUUUUAAGAUGGCAAUCAUUGAGCAAUUUCAUUAAGAACUAAAACCCCCACCCCACCCAUAAAUCUUCCUAGUAUUUCUAAAAUAUUGUGUUUUUAGUUUCUAAGAUAUAUGCCUAACUUUAUAUACAUACAUUUAUCCUCAUAUAUAGGUCUUUCUAUACCAUAUUGUAUACACUCGAA